GAAAACAAUCCAGUCACACAGACUAUUUCCUAGAGAAAAAAAACAGCAACUACACGAAUGUUGAACUUUGAACUCAAGGAGGUCUCAUGGGAUGAGCGUGUUGGUUUUGGAAUUGAAUUCGAAUUCGCCCUUGCCACUGUUCCAUUAGGAUCCAAAGAUCCGGAGCCAAAAGAGGGUCGUGAAAUAAAUUCAAUCGAUGUUCCUAUCGAUUCUCCCGGAACGGAUCCCAACACGCUCUCAGAUAUCGAUCGCCAACUCAAUGUUCAAUUGCACAUCGUCAAUACAUUAAAAGCUAACGGGUUUCGAGCUGCGUCUCAAAUCCAGCUAGAACGAGAUGGAAAAUCUUGGGAAACCGGCAAUUUAGAUAAGGAACCAUACCCGAGUGACAUACUAUGGAUGAUCAAGCACGAUGACACCAUUCAAUUUCCAGUCACCCUUGUCGAUACUUACAAAUGGUACAAAAUCGAAAUAUGUACACCGGCACUCAUGUUUAGCCCAUGGAAUGUUCGUCACGUCUGGGAUAUUCUCUCCAUCCUGACACACAAGUACCGGCUGAAUUGCAACCAAUCAUGUGGUUUGCACAUUCAUGUUAGCACUGCAAAAAAGGAUUUCAGUCUAGAUGUGUUGAAGAAUCUGAUGGGUUUAAUCUUCACAUUCGAAAGACAGCUGGAGCAAUGCCAUCCCUCGCAUCGAAUUCCAAACAAACAUACAUUUCCACUUCGCGAUCAUGCAAACAUCAACAACAACUUUGAACCAGGGGCGAACUUUAGCUGCAGUGAUAGAAAUUGGAAGAACAACAGAGUACUCAAGAAAGUGCGGAAGCGAACAAUGCCCAUAGUAUCGCCGCCUGUUCGCCCUGAAAAGGAGUCCUUAGCAGCGAUAUUCAACGCCAAGUCCAAGGCGGAAGUUGUCAAGAUGCUUAGGACGGACGAAGACGUUAGGUUGGGUUAUAAUCUUCAAUUUCUUAAUGAACCCUAUCCAGACCCCUUUAAACACACGAUUGAAUUUCGACAACACGAAGCGACUACGGUUCCGAUACGAAUAGAACGAUGGCUUAAUAUCUGUUGUCGUUUGGUUGAAAUCGCGCGACAGACGGCUAAUGCAUCGGCUGAGGAAAAGGAGAUUUUUCAUACGUUUUUGCUCGAUCACAUAGACGACGAUGUGGACGAUUUCGGGUUGGUCGUCUUGUUGGUUAACUUUGGGUUGAUGGAAGAGGCGGGAUAUUAUGCUUUGGAGAUAGCUCUUAAACCCGAACGGAGGCCGCUGAGGAGAAGCAUGCUGAGUUCGACUUCUGCUGUACAAUGAGGCUACAACUGGGAAACUUCGGUCUUGGAGGAGGAAGGUUUUUGUACGAGGUUUUAUUGAUUAGUGAUUUCAAAGAUGUGUAUAGUCAUCCCCCGGAUAGACGAUGAAGCUUUCACGGCGGAGUUCGUUUUGCGCUAUUUAAGGUACCUGACCCGAAUCUAUGGAGAGGGGGAUAUGUCACUGCCAUUUAUCUCCUGGUAAAUUAAUUACAUUCUGUAUUAUUCGAGAUUGGAUCUAUUUCUGUUCGAUGUGGGCUUGCUACUGGUGCCCAAAUCGAUUUCCAAUCGUAAAUUUUCAUGCUAGUUUUUGACGUGAAAUUUCUUUCUGCCAUUGCAACUCGGAAUCAAGGCCAUGUCCGAAUUAAAAUUUUCAAGAGCA